GAACUCUAUUUUCAUACUGCCGUCAACGUCGCGCUCGUCGCCCUCCCUACCGCUCUUCAAGGUAACUUUCCCUCUUUCCACAAAAUGCCGGGAGUACGAGACAUCAGCGCAGAGGCUUUCAUCGCCGCCUACAGCUCUCACCUCAAGCGUUCGGGCAAGCUUGAGGUCCCAACAUGGGUCGACCUUGUGAAGACCGGCUCCUUCAAGGAACUCGCACCCUACGAUCCUGACUGGUACUAUGUCCGCGCAGCCGCUAUUGCAAGACACAUCUACCUCCGCAAAGACGUUGGUAUUGGCGCUCUCACGAAACUUCACGGUGGCCGUAACCGACGAGGCAACCGUCCCUCGCACCACAAGGACUGCUCUGCCUCUGUCCAGAGGAAGAUCUGUCAAUCUCUCGAGAAGAUUGGUGUGCUCGAGCAAACUGAUAACGGUGGUCGACGGAUUAGCCAAGACGGUCAGCGGGAUUUGGACCGUAUUGCAACUGCUGUUGUUGAGGCUGCACGGGAGGAGGAGGAGGAGGAAGAGGAGGAGGAAGAGGAGGACGAGGAGUAAAUUGUUAUGCGCACAUUUUGCUGCUAUUUGACGUAUCUUUUUGCCGACUCGACGAUGUUAGCAGUUACCGCCCAGAGUGCUCUCCUUCACUGCCGCCUAUUGUAUGAUCGAGCAUGCCCUUUUACAUUCCAUACUCUUAUGACACAUGCGAUCAUGAAAACUCGGCCGUCUCUUUCCAUGCAUUGGCCUUUGUCACGCUGCAACGAAUAUCACC